AUGGACGCAGAAAUAAGAGAAGGGCCAAACUGUUACGAGAAUCAACUACGAGCCAUGUCGAUGUGUUGGUCUGGAUUUGAUCCAAUGGGUUCAUACGGUCCCACAUCCUGUUAUCCGCAUCAAUCUGCUACAUGUCCAACGUUACCAAUGACAAUUGCCACGCAAAACGACCAGCAGAUAGUACAUCAAUUUCACCCAUGCAACUUUGUCUCCUUUGCGCAACAUUUCUCAACAUUGUCGUUUAACAGCAACAACGCGCCCUCAACCUCAUCCUUAUCAUCGCCUUCAGCAUCAACCAAAAAGAAACCCGUCCCUGUUCCUGAAAACCUGAAAGACGAGGCAUAUCGUGAACGUAGGAUGAAGAACAAUGAAUCAGCCAGAAAAUCUCGAGAACUCAGGCGUCAAAAAGAAGAAUCAACGCAACUACGAUGUGACCAACUCCUGCAUGAAAACCAUCUUCUGCGAGCCGAAUUGUCCUUAUUACGCAGCCAAAUGGAACAAUUUCGACAAAUCUUUUCCAUUUCUUCCAACAAUUCACAACAAAAUUUCACUCCCAACAGUUCCGUUUCUGGUUUGUAA